AUGGCAAGCGAAACACCACAAAGCCCGCCUACCACUCCUCCGCCACAGUUCCACAUGUAAAAAGUACACGUUAGAAUUUAAUAGUUUUUCAAAUUACAGAUCUGCCGAUGUAGAUACUGAGUUUGUGAAUUUUGCUAGCGAUGUGCCGGGAGAGCCUUUCCGACCGAUGCGGCCAGGAAGUAAAUUUUUUAAUUGUUGCUUCAAAUUUAAAAUAUUUCUUUUUCAGUAAACAAUCGUCCUCGUGAUAUAAGAGAAGCAGAGAUUUUCAACCAAGAAGUCUGCUCGAAAAGAACUUUCAAUGAAGUUAACUACGAGCAGUACGGUGAUUCUUCAUUUAUCGAUCGAAAUUGGACUCAGAACUUCAGAACUGCAUGAGAAACGGAUGCAAAGUUUACGAGAAGCUUUGGAAGACGUCAGGAAGAUUCAAUGGCUUCACGUCGUCAAGAAGAAAUGA